UCGAGGAAUGGCUCAAAAAGGACGCGUUCUCGCUUGCUAAGUGGGUAUUUAAACGACAAUAUCCCGUUACAAGCAAUCCCUACCCACACUACCUUCUAUUUGUGUGAUCAUGCUGGUGCCGAUAAGAAGAAAGCUAAGAAUAGCACAGGUACUAUUGAUGCUACUAGCGUUGUAUCGUCUGUAGAUAAUGAUCAAGGUAGUCGCAGUAACGAACUAGAUAUUAUGCGUCAUAAGGAGACCCGUAUUGCUAUGAAGUCUUCUAUCAAGAUAGGUUGCAUUGCCAAAAUCAUGAAACAUGUCAUGACGGACGGCACAAUCCAUGUUGAAUACCACUGGGAGCAUCCUGGUCACUGUCUUUGGAAUAUCAAGGAAAUUACGAAAUCUCGCUUGCCUUUUGAGAUCAAACAAUGGAUAAUUGAAAAAAUCAGCGAAAAUAUGGACUGGAAAACCAUUGUUCAAUUUUUACGUAUUGAUGACGAACGCCUCAUUGGGGUAAUGAUGCUUGUUUUCAUCCUUGUAUUGUUAUUAAACACGAUAAUAAUUUAACUUUCUA